UGUCUUCUUCUUCUUCUUCUUCUUCUUCAUCGACCACCACCACCGGCUACGACGCCGUUUCGGUCCAGCAAUGGCUCUGCAAUCUUUCGUCGAAGUUCACUCUGACUCUCACUUUCCUAUACAAAAUCUUCCCUAUGGCGUCUUCAAGCCCGAGCCCGGUUCGUCUCCUCGACCCGGAGUCGCCAUCGGCGACUACGUUUUGGACCUCUCUGAGCUUUCCUCUGCCGGUCUUUUUGACGGUCCUCUCCUCAAGAACUCCGAUUGCUUCCUCCAGCCUAAUCUGAAUAAGUUUGUAUCCCUGGGACGGCCAGCCUGGAAGGAAGCUCGUGCUACACUUCAAAAACUCUUAUCAGCUAAUGAACCGGCCCUGAGGGACAAUGCAGCUUUGAGGCAGAAAUCCCUCGUGCCAAUGAACAGGGUAGAAUUGCUUCUUCCUAUUGCCAUUGGGGACUAUACUGACUUCUUUUGUUCACUUCAUCAUACUAAAAAUUGUGGGAUAAUCUUUCGUGGGCCACAGAAUCCUGUUCUUGAAAACUGGUACCACUUGCCUGUUGCCUAUCAUGGGCGAGCUUCUUCUGUUGUUAUUUCUGGAACUGAUAUUGUCAGGCCAAGAGGUCAGGGUCAUCCAAUUGGUGGCUCCACACCUUAUUUUGGUCCUUCGUUAAAGCUGGACUUCGAGUUAGAAAUGGCUUCUGUUAUUGGACCUGGAAAUGAACUGGGAAAACCUGUGGAUAUUAAUGAGGCUGCUGAUCAUAUCUUUGGACUUGUUCUGAUGAAUGACUGGAGUGCUCGAGAUAUUCAGGGAUGGGAAUACAUUCCUCUUGGCCCUUUUCUUGGCAAGAACUUUGGUACCACGAUAUCACCUUGGAUUGUGACCUUAGAAGCAUUAGAACCUUUUGCUACUGAUGCCCCAAAACAGGAUCCUCCUCCACUGCCAUAUUUGGCUGAAAAAGUGUCCAAAAACUACGAUAUUUCAUUGGAGGUUCGAAUUAAACCAGCUGAGCACGAGGACUUAUCAUUGGUGACACGGAGUAAUUUGAAGCACUUAUACUGGACACUGACUCAGCAGCUUGCUCACCAUACAGUUAAUGGCUGCAACCUAAGGCCAGGGGAUCUCCUUGGAACAGGGACAAUUAGUGGACCUGAGCCUGAUUCCCUUGGAUGCUUGCUUGAGUUAACCUGGAAUGGACAAAAGGAACUAUCGUUGAAUGGGGCAACUCGGAAAUACCUUGAAGAUGGAGAUGAAGUCAUAUUUACUGGAUAUUGCCAGGGGAACGGCUACAAAGUUGGGUUUGGGACCUGCUUUGGCAAGGUUGCUCCAUCACCCCCUUGAGGACAGUCUUAUUCUUUUUCUCCACUUGGGUAAGACUGUUGUUGUUGUUGCUGUACAAUCAAGGAGAUGGGUAGUCCUCGUCAUUGCUUCGCUUCUUUUGUACUUUUGGUACAAUUUAAUGUGAUGGACGGAGACAAUUUAAUAAAAGUUGGCUUUUUUUA